CCACCGCCUCUCCCCCACCAGACCAUCGAGAUCGCGGACGUGUUCGCUAGAGCGUCGCUACGGCGUCCCGGAAGUGGCUGCGUGAGGGGUGGCAAGAUGGCGGAGUCUGCAAACGCCACCCAUGAAGUCUUCAAUGUCACCUUCCACACUACGUUGGCUGCUACUACCAAAUUGGUGGUACCUACACCUGCUAAACCUAUCCUUCCAGUUCAGACUGGAGUUCAAGCACAGCAAGAGGAACAGUCUAGUGGCAUGACGAUUUUUUUUAGCCUUCUUGUAUUAGCUAUCUGCAUCAUAUUGGUGCAUUUACUGAUAAAAUACCGACUUCAUUUUUUACCAGAGAGUGUGGCUGUUGUUUCUUUAGGUAUUCUUAUGGGAGCUUUUAUAAAAAUCAUAGAAGCUCAGAAGCUGGCCAACUGGAAGGAAGAAGAAAUGUUUCGUCCAAAUAUGUUUUUUCUGCUUUUGCUUCCACCUAUUAUAUUUGAAUCUGGAUAUUCAUUGCACAAGGGUAAUUUUUUUCAGAACAUCGGUUCCAUCACUCUGUUUUCUGUAUUUGGCACUGCAAUAUCAGCUUUCAUUGUAGGUGGAGGAAUUUAUUUCCUGGGCCAGGCUGAUGUAAUUUAUAAACUCAACAUGACAGACAGUUUUGCAUUUGGCUCUUUAAUAUCCGCAGUUGACCCCGUGGCUACUAUUGCCAUUUUCAAUGCCCUCAAUGUGGAUCCUGUACUUAACAUGUUGGUUUUUGGAGAAAGCAUUCUCAAUGAUGCGGUCUCUAUUGUCUUGACCAACACAGCAGAAGGUUUGACAAGAGAAAAUAUGUCAGAUGUAAGCGGAUGGCAAACCUUUCUACAAGCACUGGGAUACUUUCUUAAGAUGUUCUUUGGCUCUGCAGCACUUGGCACACUUACUGGUCUUAUUUCUGCAUUAGUGCUAAAGCACAUUGAUUUAAGGAAGACACCCUCCCUUGAGUUUGGGAUGAUGAUUAUCUUCGCUUACCUUCCUUAUGGACUUGCAGAAGGUAUCUCACUUUCAGGUAUCAUGGCGAUCCUCUUCUCUGGCAUCGUGAUGUCUCACUACACACACCAUAACUUGUCCCCAGUUACACAGAUUUUAAUGCAGCAGACACUGAGAACCGUUGCUUUCAUGUGUGAAACAUGUGUGUUUGCGUUUCUUGGCCUGUCAAUUUUUAGUUUUCCUCACAAAUUUGAAAUGUCCUUUGUCAUCUGGUGCAUAGUACUUGUUCUCUUUGGCAGAGCAGUGAAUAUUUUCCCACUUUCCUACCUACUCAACUUUUUCCGUGAUCAUAAAAUCACCCCCAAAAUGAUGUUUAUCAUGUGGUUUAGUGGUUUACGUGGUGCAAUUCCCUAUGCCCUCAGCCUCCACUUGGGCUUGGAACCCAUAGAGAAGCGGCAGCUCAUUGGAACAACAACAAUCAUCAUAGUGCUGUUCACGAUUUUGCUGCUGGGAGGAGGAACUAUGCCUCUUAUCAGACUGAUUGACAUUGAAGACUCCAAAGCACGCAAGAGGAACAAGAAGGAUAUUAAUCUUAGCAAGACAGAGAAGAUGGGAAAUACCAUAGAAUCUGAACACUUAUCAGAGCUCACAGAGGAGGAAUAUGAAGCCCAGUACAUAAAACGCCAGGACCUCAAAGGGUUUAUGUGGCUUGAUGCAAAGUAUUUGAAUCCUUUCUUCACAAGAAGACUCACACAAGAAGACUUGCAUCAUGGGCGUAUACAGAUGAAAACCCUCACAAACAAAUGGUAUGAAGAGGUACGACAAGGACCAUCAGGAUCUGAAGAUGACGAGCAAGAGCUGCUCUAGCAGACUGGGGAAGAAGCAGAACAAGUUCAUCACUAGAGCAUUAUAAAGAGGAUUCAAUACCAAGAGUCCGGCUUCACAGAAGCUGGAAAACUAAGAAUGAACUUUUUGAUUUCAGACACGUCUUGUGCUACAUGCUUAGGCAUAAAAUUGCAGACCUGCUGUGCUUGACAUUACUGGUCAGUGAUGGAAACCCCCAAGUGUCAGACACUGGACUGAAUGAAGAAUGUUUCAUUCAGAUUCUACAGCCUAGCAAACUUUGUGUGGCCUACUGAAAAGCAGAAGCAUCUCCAUGAUAUUAUCACAUUGUUUAAUGGAGGCGUCUUCUUCCUAUUAGGAAAUCUACUGUAAACCAAUGCUGAAAUACAGAGCCAUUGUACGACUCUGCAAAACGAAAUUAAUUGCACUUUACUUUUAUAUAUAUAUAUAUUCAUUCACAGCAUGGAGAAUCUUGACAGUUUAUAUUGUGAAUUUUUUUCAGCACUAGUAAGGGAAUCCAACUGGAAAAUAUAAUUUAUGGGAUUUGCAUGUUAUGAAUCUGGAGAAGGUACUUACCUUGACAGAUGUUGCACCUACAAAGAAGCACCUCUGAGAACUGGUUGGCUUGACCUUUAAGAAAGUCUUGAUUUUUCUUUUAUGGGAUUUUUAUUUUAUACUGAACUAUCUAACCCACGGUACUGAUUAUAGCAUGGUUUGGAGACUAGGGGAUUGUACAACACAGUACAGAACUGCAUUUGAAGUUCUACUUUGAAUGUGUUUUUUUCCUUUGCCUAGAGCCAGUUGCAGUUGGGUUUCUGUAAUUGGCAGUUGUUCCCUGCUGGCUCUUUGGCUUCAAGACUUGGAAACCAGCAGCUUUUGUUUUGCCUAAUUUGUGAAGUGUCUGUAGCACUCCAGAACUCACUAGUGCAAUUGUUAAGUCCUAGUGAAAGUAAAGCCAGCGUGUUCAUGACAAAAAAAAAGUCUAUAAAAUCCAAUCCAGGUACAGAAAGGUUAAUAUUGCACGUUGCUGAAACCACCUCCCUCGGGAAGUGCCAAACAGUUUUCAUUAAGCUGUCCUGUUUGUUAAUGUGAUUUUUCUCCUCUGCUUACAUCGUUUCAAAGUCAGGAGCAUCACUUUUUCUACAUGGCCCGAUCCGUUUGCUCAGCGUUGCACACACCUAAACAGACACGCAGUGUUUGUUGCACAUUUUCCAUGGUUACACAUGCAGCUAAUUUGUGCUCAUUGCCAACCUGAAUUCCUCAUUAGUCAUUUGCAUAUUCACUGCUGAAAGGCGAGUUGUUCUGCAUGUGACUCUGACGUGCAAGUGCACAGGUUUGUUUCUCAAAGUGUGAGACUUGCUUAUAUAUUUGGUCUGGGUUUGCUACUGAGGUUUUUAAUCAACCACUUACCUGCUGAGAGGAAUAAAAGUUCAAGAAUGUAUUUAGAAUCUUAAACCUGUGUUGUCUGAACAGUUUUCUGAAGUAAUGUCUUACUACAGGACUCCCUUCUCCCUUUCCCCACCCCAUAAGCUGAAAGAACCCCCAGCUAAUCCUGGAGAUGAAACGUGCUGGUUGGAGCCUGACUGGGGCACAAACUCAGAUUCUGGUGUUGACCACAAAAACAUUUGGUGCUAGCUUUAUCCUUGGAAGAGGAUUGCUGUAAAAAUCAGACUUUUUCUUCACCUCUUUUGCCAACAGUAGGCUUAACUACAUUUUAGUUACCCAUCUAUCUCACUGGGUUUCUCAACUUGGACAUUUAAGCCCAGGACAUGGCCAGAAGGUCUCUGGGAACUUCUGUCACUGGAGACGUUGAUCUGGACACUACUACACUGGGCUUAGUAUUAUGCCACAAUAUAAAAUAGCCUUCAAUUUCUAUCAUUAUUCCAGUGAAACAGGUUACCUGCUGUGUGGAAUAAUCAGCCUUUGGUAACGGCCAUCCAGGCAAACUGAUCGUUCCCUGCCCUCUGCUGGCGGCAGCGAUGGUGCUGACAGCCCGUGAGAGCCAUGUGCUGGGAGUGAUUUUACACAUUAAAUUGAAGCAAUUAACUGAUACAGUUAGAACUAAUGAAAUCACUUUGAAGGAAUUAUAUUGAAGAAAUUUCGGAUGGUUUAAUUUAAAAGCAUCUAUUCUGAAACUUAAGAAAGUAUUA